UAAAGCAACGCCGAGCCCGCCCGGCCUCCCAGGGCGCCCUUGGAAAGACCGUGGGUCAUGGCUGGCGUGGCGCGGGGCAGCGGGGCCAGCCUGGACCUGCUGCGGUCCCUGCCGCGCGUGAGCCUGGCCAACCUGAAGCCCAACCCUGACUCCAGAAAACGGGAAAGACGUCCGAGAGAUCGGAGAAGAGGCAGGAAAUGUGGCAGAGGCCAUAAAGGAGAAAGACAGAGAGGAACUCGGCCCCGGCUGGGCUUUGAGGGAGGGCAGACUCCAUUUUACAUCCGAAUCCCCAAAUACGGAUUUAAUGAAGGACAUAGUUUCAGACGUCAGUAUCAGCCUUUGAGUCUCAGGAGACUGCAGUAUCUCAUUGAUUUAGGUCGAAUUGAUACAACUCAACCUAUAGACUUAACCCAGCUUGUCAAUGGGAGAGGUGUGACCAUCCAACCACUUAAAAGGGAUUAUGGGGUCCAGCUGGUUGAAGAGGGUGCCGAUACUUUUCAAGCAAAAGUUAAUAUUGAGGUACAGUUGGCUUCAGAAUUAGCAAUUGCUGCAAUUGAGAAAAAUGGCGGUGUUGUUACUACAGCCUUCUAUGACCCAAGAAGUCUGGACAUUCUGUGCAAGCCUGUUCCAUUCUUCCUGCGGGGACAGCCCAUCCCAAAGCGAAUGCUCCCACCAGAAGCACUGGUGCCAUAUUACACUGACGCCAGAAACCGAGGCUACCUGGCUGACCCUGCCAAGUUUCCUGAAGCAAGACUUGAACUUGCCAUGAAGUAUGGCUACGUUCUUCCUGAUAUCACGAAAGAUGAACUCUUCAAAAUGCUUAGUGCUCGGAAGGAUCCAAGGCAGAUCUUCUUUGGUCUUGCUCCUGGUUGGGUGGUGAAUAUGGCAGAUAAGAAAAUUCUAAAACCUACAGAUGAGAAUCUCCUCAAGUAUUACAGCUCCUGAACUCUCUUCCAGUAAGCAGAUGUGUUGAGAACCAGACAGGAGCUGAAGCAAGGCUUCUUGUGGGUCUCCAGUCCUUGGGGUUGAUAGUAGCCAUCAGUGUGGUCAGGUCUGAUUUAAAUCACAGGCAGUAAAAGCUCCACAGAGGAACUGGACCUUUUUGGGUAUAUGUCUCAAAAAUUCAAAUGGGGACGGUCUUUAGAAAGGUGAUGUUAAAAAAUUACUUAAAAUCAUUUUCCCUCCCUUUUUGUUUUUGUUUGUUUUGAGGUAGGGUUUCUCUGUAUAGCUCUGGCUGUCCUGGAAUUGCAGUGUAGACUGACUAGGCUGGCCUCAAAUUCACAGAGAUCUGCCUGCCUCUGCCUCCCAAGUGCUGGAAUUAAAGGUGUGCACCACCACUGCCCAGCCUAAUUUUGACUACUUUAAAACGUCCUUUUACUGUCCAUCCUUUUAUGGUCUUUUCUUACCUGUUCUGUUAGAAUGAAGGGCAAGUGUAGAGGAUUGAUUAGUAGUUCUGGGAGCAGGUGCUAAGGAGCUCUGGUUCUUUUUACACAAUAUCCCCAGUGAGUCCCCAACAGGGAUGGAGAGGUUCAGAAUGUGGCUGAUAGCUGGUGAGUAGCUACAAAGGAGCUUAUCAGUAGUGGAGCUAGAGAGAGAAAGAGCACAAAUGAAUUCAUUUUCACAGCACUGGUAAUAUAGAUAAUGGUCAAACCAUUACCACUUUUUUUUAAGAAGAUAGUGUUCCAAUUGAUAAAAAUUUAUCUCAGACUUCAAGACAUUUCAGUUAAAUUUAGAAAACUUGUUCAAUGAUUAUAUAAGCCAUAUGUAAAUAGGGAUUUUGUUUUGGGUGGUGGUUUUUAAAAGACUGGCCUUGACCAGGAUCCUGAGUCCUAGCGAUUCUCUUGCUUCAGCUUUCCUAGCAGGUGGGACUACUGUGCCCAGCUUAAACUCAGUUACUGUAAAAGAUUCAGACGUGAGCAAGCUUUUCAAAGAGAAAUUGUGUUCAAAUCUUGCAAAAGCUUAAUUUGCCUUAAGUGAUUAUAGUUUUUGUUUGUAUGAAACAGGGUCUCAUGUAUCCCAUGCUAUCCUUGAAUUCCUGAUUCAUUCUUCCCAUGUGUUGGGAUUACAGCAUGAACCACCAUAUCUUGUUGAGCAAUUAAACGUUGAUCCUGAAUAAUUCAUUAUAGUUCUUCCACAGUUAAAAUGAUCCUUAAAAUAAAACGCAAAAGCUCAUAAAUCA